GUCUCAUUGCUCCUGACUUUGGAGACGAUACUGUUAUGUUUUUUUUUUCCUUGUCAUUGUUCUUCACAAAAGACCUAAUUGAAAAUAUCUGUCAAAUCAUGUCUCUAGUUUCCCUCUUCUUCUCCCCUCAUUAAUUGGAAACGUAUCGUGUUUGUGUGGGAAGGAAGGAGGCUCUAUAGCAGUAUAGCAGUAUUGCUGGGAAAAGAACAUUAAAAUGGAUAAAGGGAUUUCCUAGUGGUAUAAAUACCUGCACACGACCUCCCUGUGCUCUGGAGCCCUCCUGUAUAUGUAUUGAAAGUAAAAAGCCCAGAAUAGUUUGAGCUGCUGUUAAUCGCGCAGCAUCUAUUCUGUUAGAAAACAGGGGCAAGCGGCUCUUUGCCUUUUGGAGGGUAUGACUUGCCAAGCAUUUGCUUCAUCUGACACCUUUGUACCCUUGAAUUCUGACUCUUCUGCCUCUCUGCCUCUGAUAAUGCAUCACAGCGCCGCAGAGUGUCUACCGGUUUCUAACCAUGCCACCAAUGUUGUGUCUACAGUCCCAUCUGUUUUGUCUUUGAUCCAAAUUCCUAUAUGUUCCCGUAUCUGCUUUGCCAUGACGACUUUGGAAAACACUUUGACAGGCCUUCAUUAUUCUGUGCCUUCCUGUCAUUAUGGAAAUCAACCAUCUACCUAUGGGGUGAUGGCAGGCAUCAAGCCUGCAACACCAGAGAUGCUGUCAGCAAGUCUCUCCCAGAGCCGUAUCUUACAGACGUGCAGCAUGCCGCAUCCCAAUGUGGUGAACAGUGUCAGCACCUUGCAAAGAAACCUGGCCCCUUGCCUUUAUAAAUUCCCAGAGCACGCCCUGAGCACCAGCUCCUGUGCCCUCAGCCACAGCUUCACACCCAUGCACCAGUCCCUCCUCACAGACGAUCCCACUGCUGCAGACUUCAAGCAGGAGUUCCGCAGAAAGAGCAAGUCAGUGGAAGAGCCUGUUGACAUGGACUCCCCUGAAAUCAGGGAACUGGAGAAGUUCGCCAAUGAAUUUAAACUGCGGAGAAUUAAGCUGGGUUAUACCCAAACCAACGUUGGGGAAGCGCUGGCUGCUGUGCACGGCUCUGAGUUCAGUCAAACCACUAUUUGCCGGUUUGAAAACCUGCAGCUGAGUUUCAAGAAUGCAUGCAAACUGAAAUCAAUACUGUCCAAGUGGCUGGAGGAAGCAGAACAAGUAGGAGCUUUAUACAAUGAAAAAGUCGGAGUGAAUGAGCGGAAGAGGAAGCGCAGAACCACCAUAAGUAUUGCUGCCAAAGAAGCCCUAGAGAGACACUUUGGAGAACAGAGUAAGCCUUCUUCUCAGGAAAUUAUGAGGAUGGCUGAGGGGCUCAAUCUGGAGAAAGAAGUUGUGAGAGUCUGGUUUUGCAACAGAAGACAAAGGGAAAAAAGAGUGAAGACAAGUUUACAUCAGAAUGCCUUUAGUUCUAUUAUCAAGGAGCAUCAUGAAUGCCGGUAAUGCUUUUCUAUGUAUAGAUGUGGGUUUCUGUUCUGCUUUUUGUAAAUACUGUAAAGACUAUGUUGUUUAAAACAAAUAGAAAAAUCAUUAAAGCACUUGUUUCUCUUACAA